AUCGUCUCCUCCAUCACACCACAUCUCAUCUCAUCUCACACGUACGUCUAGCAGCAGCAACAACAAGAAGCUCAAGAAGAAGCAACAGCAAGAGCUAGAAUGGCUCUCAACUUCGGUCGGUCCAUCUCUUCCCCUCUCGCGCCGGCGAGGUCCUUCUCCAAGCCCCGCCACGUCCGCUCCGUCAGCCUCCCCGGCGCCACCUCCUCCCACCCGCUCCUCGCCAACCUCCACGCCCACAUCGCCGCCCUCCGUUCCUGGACCCAGCAGGGCCCUUCCUCCUCUCUCCCGUCCGGCCUCGCCGCCAUCCAGGCGCUCCACUCCUCCCUCGCCGACCUCCUCCUCCUCCCGGAGUCCGGGGCCGCGCUUCGGUGCCCUGCCAGCAACGCCGCCGACUGCCUCCUCGACGCAUUCCUCCUCCUCGCCGACGCGCACCAGGGCUUCCAGGAGUGCCUCCUGUCACUCAGGCACGCCGUCACCGAGUCCCGCGCGGCGUUGCGCAGGGGCGACACCGGGAGGCUCGCGUCCGCUGCCAGG